UCUUUUUUCUUCAUCCUGCAGGUGCCACCAGGAGAUCCUUUGGACAAAGUUCUGCUUGCAGGAUCCAAUCUGGGUCAGUCACCGGGACCAGAGGUUUCGUCUCCUGAGCUUUUGGAUUCAUGCUGGAGCCCAUCCUCCUGCCCAUGCUCCAACUUUUUGGCCAAAGUUCUGCUUGUUAGAGUUUCCUCGGAUAGAAAGCCCUGAAAGUGAGCAGCCCCUGAAAACUGUGCAUGGGGUGGAAGACUUUAGCCAAAGGUCCCCUGAGAUGAAUCAGCUGAGACUCUCUAAGUGCUCUGAGUGUGGGAAAUCCUUUGCUCACCGGUCCCUCCUUUUGAUCCACCGGAAGCUGCACACGGGGAGUGGAUCCCACCUGUGUUCUCUUUGUGGGAGCUCCGUUCCUGGAGUCUGGAGCUUUGCCAAACAUCUCCGGAGCCACCCUGAAGUGAAGCCUUACAAAUGCGGAGAGUGCAGGGAGCGUUUUGCUAAAGGCUCGGACCUUGGAGCCCAUCAGAGAAUCCACCAGGGAAGAAAGAGAUCUCAGGAAUCCUGGAGGCGCUGGGGAAGAUUUCCUGCGAGACGGCGUCUUUCUAGGCCUCCGAACAGCCCGACUGAAGAGAAGCCCUGCAAGUGUGAGCAAUGUGGGCUCUGCUUUCCUCAAGCCUCACAGCUGCUUAAACAUCAGCAAAUCCACACCAGAGAGAAACCUUAUCAAUGUCUGGAGUGUGGGAAAUCUUUCCGUAAUAAACAAUUGUUUAGAAAACAUGAGAAAAUUCACAUAAGAAAGAGUCCUUAUAAAUGCUUAGAGUGUGGAAAACGUUUCACUCGAAGCUCAUCUCUUUGCAAACAUAAUAAAACACACACAAAGGAGGAAAAUAAAACAUGCCCAGAAUGUGGAAAAAGUUUUUCCAGGAAAUCAUGCUUGCUGCAACAUCAGAGACUUCACACCGGAGAAAGACCCCAUCAGUGCCCAGAAUGUGAGAAAAGAUUUUUGGAUUCUUCUGAACUUCGGAGACAUGAAAAGACACACAUGGGAGAAAUACUAUAUAAAUGUAAGACACACCUAAUUCAACACAGAAUUCACACUGGGGAAAGAGCCUAUCAGUGUCCAGAAUGUGGAAAAGGUUUUGGCUACAAGUCAUGUCUAAUUCGACAUCAAAGACUUCACACUGGGGAAAAACCCUAUCAGUGCCCAGAAUGUGGGAGAGGUUUUGUCACAAAGUCAACCCUAAAUCGACAUCAGAGACUUCACACUGGGGACAGACCUUUUCAGUGCCCAGAAUGUGAGAAAAGAUUUGUGGAUUCUUCUGAACUUCGGAGACACCAAAGAACACACAGUGGAGAAAAAGUAUAUAAAUGUUCAUCUCUUUGCAAACAUAAUAAAGCACAAACAAACGAGGAAAGCAAAAUGUGCCCAGAAUGUGGGAAAUGUUUUUCCAGCAAAUCAUGCCUGCUGAAACAUCAAAGAAUUCACACCGGAGAAAGAUCAUAUCACUGCCCAGAAUGUAGGAGAUGUUUCAGUGAAAUGUCAAAAUUAAUUCGACAUCAGAGAAUUCAUUCUGGGGAAAGACCCUACAAAUGCCCAGAAUGUGAAAAAACAUUUGUGGAUUCUUCUGAACUUCGGAGACACCAAAAGAUGCACUGGGGAGAAAAACUUUAUAAAUGUAAGGAUUGUGAUAAAUGUUUUUUUCAAAAGUCAAAUCUUUCUGAACAUCAAAGUAUCCAUACAGGGGUGAAACCCUAUAUGUGCAUUGAGUGUGGAAGAUUUUUCCGUACAAUACAAAUGCUCAGAAGUCAUGAGAAUGUUCACAGAGGGGAAAAAAAGUUCAAAUGUUUAGACUGUGGGAAAGCAUUUACUCGUCAAUCAACCCUUACAAGUCACUACCAAACCCAUACGGGUGAGAAACACCACAAAUGCUCAGUGUGUGAGAAAUCUUUUCUCCGGAAAGAUACACUUGCAAUGCAUCAGAGAACACACUUAGAGAAGCAAUAUAAAUGUCCGGAGUGUGAGAAAUCUUUUCGUUGCAAAUAUUAUCUUAGAAAACAUGAGAGGCUUCACAAAGGAGAGCAACCAUUCAAGUGUGUGCAGAAAAAUGCAAAGUGUCCAGAAUGUGGGAAGUGUUUUGGCAGAAAGUCAUAUUUAAUUCAACAUCAGAAACUUCACACGGGAGAAAGACCACAUCAAUGCUCAGAAUGUGGUAAAAGUUUUGUUGAAAAGUCACACCUAAUUCGACAUCAGAAACUUCACACCACAGAAAGACCCCAUCAGUGUCCAGAAUGUGGGAAACGUUUUACCUACAAGUCACACCUAAUUCGACACCACAGACUUCACACUGGAGACAGACCUUAUCCAUGCCCAGAAUGUGGGAAACAAUUUGUGGAUUCUUCUGAACUUCGGAAACAUCAGAAGAGGCACACAGGAGACAAGCCCUUUAAAUGUGGAGAGUGUGGGAAAGCUUUUCUCACACCAACACGGCUACAAGCUCAUCAGAGAAUCCACACGGGGGAAAAGCCAUACAAAUGUGUGGAAUGUGGGAAAUGUUUUUCCCGACAACAUCACCUUGGAAGGCAUCAAAAGGUCCAUACGAAAUGAAGCCAUAGAGAUGUAUAUAGUGAGGUAAUGUUUCACUCAAAAGCGAGACAUCAGAAAACUCACAAAAGCCCUAAUAGGCCCUGAUGGUAGAACAGUUUUUUAUAGUUGUUCAACCCUUAGAAGUUCAUAAAGGGGGGAAAAUUCAAAAUUCUUCGAUUGCGGGAGAGUAUUUUCUUGUCAAUUGUCCCUUUGAAAUCACACUCUAAUCCAUACAGGAAAGUUGCACUUUAGAUGUUUGAAGUGUGAGAGAACCAAUUGGCAUCAUGGCAGGAAUGUUGGAAAUAGAACUCUGCAGAGCUCCAUGAAAACCAGUAGGUAUCUGCUUGCCCAGAGAUCCUAGGGGGUCAAUGUCACCCUGGAGGGGUAGUGAAAGAAGGAAAGGUGCCUCGUCAGCCAUGAAGAAAUAACAAUUUUGUUGUUAGGUCCAAAGAAAGCUCUCCCGAAUGGCAGCAGUGCAACAGCCAUUUUUGGCAUGUCAAAACUGUGACAACCUAGACAAUAAGAUUUGUGCUGCAGUGGUUUGUGGACAGAGCAUUGAAACUGGGUGAGACAACUUCCAACUUAUAUUUUACAGAUCUAACCCAAGUAAAAGAAUUUUAAAAAAUAAUCUCCAAACAUGAAGUAAGCAGCGAUUGGAAAAGAUUAAAGACUCAGAUGUGAAAGAAAUAUUGAUGGAAACUUUAAAACAUAGAAAGCCUGGAACAGAUUUAUAAUACCUUGAAAAGUGAUUAUUGGGAGAAAGUAAUUUUCUUAUUUUUAUUUUGAACCCCUCCCUGAUUUGUUGACAAUCAGUUGUUGUUUUCUCCCACUGUUUAAUGUUGGAUUUGGAGCAGGGGAGCCAUCUACUAGAGAAAAAUUACUGCAGCGUGGGAACUCAAGUGAAAGUGAUCAUUGUUUAAUAUACACAAAAGAAAAGGAGUGAAAGCUGGGGUGGGAUUC